AAAACCUCCCUCGCAUAACAACUAAACCAAAUCACAACGAAUCAAACCCAAAGAAAAAAAACCCCGUCUCCGCCUCUGCUUAAACCUAUGUAGAUUUUGAUUCUCCGAUUCAAUCCUCAAUCUUUCUCGAGAUCUCUGCUCUAUCUAAGCUAAAUUCAAUACUUUUUUUAAUCAAUUUAAAUUGAAUACCAAGAACAGAUUUUAAUUUAAUUUUGGGUUUUUUAUAGCAUGAAAAUUAGUUUGUUGUUUGUAUGAAAUUUAAUUGUUCUUUUUAAUCAAUUUAAAUUGAAUACCAAGUACAGAUUUUAAUUUAAUUUUGGGUUUUUUUUAUUAUAGCAUGAAAAUUGUGUUCUUGUAAAAACCAAUCAAUUUUUUUGUUAUACAUGUCUGAUCAAACUCUCAAUUUUACCUACCCUUUAUGCCUCAACGUAUUUCCCUCGAUUUUCUCGCGAUUUCUAGCUAAUUUAAUUUAGGGGUUCUCUGUUCUCAACUUUUUUGCUUGGUUUAAUUUCGAAUUUAAACCUAAAAAUGAAUGUGACCAAGUCUCAGGUAUGGCAGCCUUGUAAGAAGAAGAGGUUUUGACCGUUAAGGACCAAAAAUAAUUGAAGAUUUUGGAAGUUUCUGGGAGGAAUUGUGUAAUUCUAGAGAGAGAAAGAGGGGGGAGGGGUUGAAUUAUAGUUUUUAGAGAGAGAAAUGGCGUCGAGAGGAGGCGGAGGCGGUGCAGGGAGUAGUAACGGUGGUCGGACUCGGGUUGGGAGAUAUGAGUUAGGGAGGACGUUGGGGGAAGGUACGUUUGCGAAAGUGAAGUUUGCGAGGAAUAUUGAAACGGGUGAAAACGUUGCUAUUAAGAUUCUUGAUAAAGAAAAAGUUCUUAAGCAUAAAAUGAUCGGUCAGAUUAAACGAGAAAUUUCGACCAUGAAACUCAUUAGACACCCAAACGUGAUCCGUAUGUAUGAGGUGAUGGCCAGCAAGACAAAAAUAUAUAUCGUUCUGGAAUUUGUUACUGGUGGUGAACUUUUUGAUAAAAUUGCAAGUAGAGGGAGGCUGAAAGAGGAUGAAGCAAGAAAGUAUUUUCAGCAGCUUAUUAAUGCUGUAGAUUACUGCCAUAGUAGAGGCGUGUACCAUAGAGAUUUAAAGCCUGAGAAUUUGCUACUGGAUGCCACUGGGGUUCUCAAAGUCUCAGAUUUUGGACUAAGUGCAUUACCUCAACAAUUUCGAGAAGAUGGUUUACUUCACACAACAUGCGGAACACCAAAUUAUGUUGCUCCAGAGGUCAUCAACAAUAAAGGCUAUGAUGGAGCCAAGGCAGAUUUAUGGUCUUGUGGUGUGAUACUCUUUGUCUUAAUGGCUGGUUUCUUGCCUUUUGAAGAAUCCAAUCUUAUGGCUCUCUACAAGAAGAUUUUUAAGGCCGACUUCACUUGUCCUCCAUGGUUCUCUACCAGUGCAAAGAAACUAAUAAAAAGAAUUUUGGAUCCUAAUCCUCUGACGCGCAUUACUUUCGCUGAGGUUAUUGAAAAUGACUGGUUUAAAAAAGGAUAUAAGCCGCCUACUUUUGAACAAGCUGAAGUUAGCCUUGAUGAUGUGAACUCUAUUUUUAAUGAAACAGUGGAGGGUGCAAACCUUGUCGUGGAGAGGCGAGAAUCUUCUAUUGGGCCAGUGGCACCUAUAACUAUGAAUGCUUUUGAACUUAUCUCUACAUCGCAGGGUCUCAACCUUAGUAAUCUUUUUGAGAAACAAAUGGGACUUGUGAAACGAGAAACAAGAUUUACAUCCAAAAGUUCUGCUAAUGAGAUAAUCUCAAAGAUUGAAGAGACUGCAAUGCCUUUGGGUUUCCAAGUGAAGAAAAAUAACUUUAAGAUGAAGCUUCAAGGAGAGAAGACUGGACGCAAGGGUCAUCUAUCUAUUGCAACCGAAAUCCUUGAGGUGGCUCCUUCUCUCUAUAUGGUUGAGCUUCGGAAAUCAGGCGGAGAUACUCUGGAAUUUCACAAGUUUUACAAGAACCUGUCAGCUGGAUUAAAAGAUAUUGUUUGGAAAACAGUUGAUGAAGAGAAGGAAGGAGAAGUCGAGAGAAAUGGCGCUGCUGUGACUGUAGAGAAAUUCAAAGGAAAAAAAAAGAAAAAAAAAUUAAAAAUGAGGGAAGAAGUUAUCAGCUCCGGCGGGACCAUGGAUCCCACUCCGGCCGCCAGUUCUGCUGGAGCAUCGUCGCCGGCGGUUCCGGGGAAUGUUUCGAAAGCAACGGCUUCUUUAUCUGGUAUUGGCUCACAAGUGCCGUGGACCUCGAUGAGCACUAGUGCUGGUGGAUCGUCGAGGCCUUCUUGUAGGCCGUGGGAACGCGGGGAUUUGUUGAGACGGUUGGCUACUUUUAAGCCUUCCAAUUGGUCUGGGAAGCCUAAGAUCUCAAGUUCAUUGGCUUGUGCCCAAAGAGGUUGGAUAAAUACUGAUGUCGAUAAAAUCGUCUGUGAGGCAUGCGAUGCCUGCCUGAGUUUUGUUUUGUUACCAUCCUGGACUCAAGCUGAAGUUGAAACUGCUGGUGAAGCCUUUGCCAAACAACUGGAUGAUGGCCACAAAGUCAGCUGUCACUGGAGAGGGAACAGCUGCCCAGAAAGUUUGGUGCAGUUCCCUCCAACUCCUCAGUCUGCUUUAAUUGGUGGAUACAAAGACAGAAGUGAUGGACUCUCGCAGUUUCAAUUUCUUCCUAUAGUUGCUGCAUCUGCAGUCGACAAGAUGCGUGUUUCUCGGGGUUUAAUGGUUGAUCGCUUUUUAUCUCAGUCCCAUAAUUUUACUUCUGUGGAAGGAGACUUCAAGUCAGAGGGCAUACCAGAACUUGAAACCUCUAGAGAUGGAGCCUUCUGUUUGUAUUCACGUGCCCAAAAAGUUAUAAGUUUGUGUGGAUGGGAACCAAGAUGGCUUCUAAACGUUCAAGACUGUGAAGAAAAUUCAGCCCAAUCAGCACGGAAUGGUUCAUUUGGCCCUGCUCAGGCUCAAAUCCAUCUUUCAUAUGAUCCUAGUUCAAGCAAGAAAUCAUACUCUGCCUCAGGCAAAAAGGACACUGAAAAGAACAAACUGUUAGCUGUUGACUCGAGAUGUGAUUCCAGGUCGCCCUUGUUGGAUUGCAGCUUAUGUGGUGCUACUGUCAGAAUACUGGAUUUUACGACUGUUCCUCGACCUGCUCGUUUUACUCCCACCAACAUUGAUAUUCCUGAUGGAGGCAAAAAAUUAGCAUUGACACGUGGAGUAAGUGCAGCUAGUGGAAUAAGUGGUUGGGUUGCUGCUGAUGAUACAGAGAAAGAACAAACAGAAGACCGCGAAGAAGUGGCAACAACAGACAAGGGAAAAUUGCUGAAGAAUGCUGACGUUGAUUUAAAUCUUACUAUGGCAGGCGGCUUACCUUUUAUUCAUGCAGACAGGGCCGCAAUACUUGAAAAUGUUAAUGAUGUGGACAUGGGGAGAGAUUUGAUGAUUGGUCAACCUGCAGGCAGUGAGGUAGGCGAUCGUGCUGCUUCAUAUGAAUCACGAGGACCAAGUUCUCGGAAACGGAGCCUGGAAAUAGGUGGCAGCUCGGAUGAUAGGGCUCACUUGGUAAUUCAGCCUGCCGAUAGUGUUGAAGGAAUUGUUAUCGAUCGUGAUGGUGAGGAAGUCACUGAUGGGGGGCAAUUUUCAGCUGGACCCUCAAAACGUGCUCGUGACUCGGAUUUUUUUGAUACACACUGUUCAGCUUAUCACAGAGACUCAUCUGGGGCUGGUCCUAGUCAUUCAGUGGGUAUUGACAUUUUUGGGGAUGGAAACAGAGGGAAUUUAUUUCGUCAAGGAAGUGAUCGAGUUCUAGGAAUCCCGUCAGCUAGGGGUUCAACACGUGCUUCUUCUGUCAUUGCAAUGGACACAGUCUGUCACAGUGCAGAUGAUAACUCUAUGGACAGUGUUGAAAACCGCCCUGGAGAUAUUGAUGAUGUUCAAUUCCCCUCAUCUAGUACAUAUGGCAAUCUGGACAUGAAUGAGGCUUCUGAGCUGAAUUAUAGCAAUCAAGCCCAGCAAAGCAUUUGUUUCAGACCUGCUGCUGAAAUAGCUCGUGGGGAAAUGGGUGUUAGUAGUACGAAUGAUGGUGAAGAAAUUUUUAACGCAGAAACUACAACAGCUCAGGCUAGGGAUGGUCUUAGUUUUGGCAUUAGUGGAGGCAGCGUUGGCAUGUGUGCUAGUCAUGAAGCAGAAAUCCAUGGUGCUGAUGUUUCUGUCCACAGAACAUAUAGUGUGGUUGGUGAUGCGGAGCCCAGAAUUGAAGAUGUUGACAAUCAAGGUCAGACUGGUGAAUCUGCUCCUGGUCCUGGACUAAUGGAUGAGAUUAUUCCAGAUGAAACAAGGGAAGAUGCUCAUGGUGAUAGUCAGGAGCUGUUGUCUCGAUCGGUGGAAAGGGCUGAUAGUGGCUCAAAAAUAGAUGGUUCUAUGAAGGCAGAAUCUGUUGAAAGUGGUGAAAAGGUAAGUCAAAACUGCAAGUUUUCCCUGGAUAACAAUGCGCACCCGUCUCUUUCCUGCAAUGCAAAUAUCGAAUCUGGCUAUCAAACAACCAAGACAGUUGUGAGCAAGGCUGGAAAAUCAUCCUCCACAAACAAUUGUCCACGCGUGGAAUCAGAUUAUGCACUUGCCAAUGGCAUAGGGCCUCCAAAAUACGAAAGCAAUUAUGAAGAGCCUCUUGAGUUUGAUCCAAUUAUUCAUCACAAUCAGUUCUGUCCAUGGGUGAAUGGAAAUGUUGCUGCUGCUGGUUGUACUAGUCGUGGUUCUAGCAAUAAUGCUGAUACUGCUGCAUUCUGCGGAUGGCAAUUGACAUUGGAAGCUUUAGACGCAGUGCGUUCCUUGGGACAUAUUCCAAUUCAAACAGUACAGUCCGAGUCCGCGGCAUCAUUAUACAAGGAUGAUCAUCAAACUCCGUGUCGGAAGCUCCUUCGUGGGCAUUCUAUGAGCAGAAGCCACGGGCAGCAUUGAUGGUAAACAAGUAAUUGCAAAGGUACCUGCAGUCAGUAAUAAUAUAAUUUCAACUCGUUAAUUGCUGUGCUGGGUGAAACUGCAUCAGUGUUGGAAGUAAAUAUUGGAAUCCAAAUCGUCCCUAGAGCUUCUGAUGGUGAAAGCUGCAACAAUUUUUUUUUUUAAAUUAUAAAUUUUCCCUCUUGCAGUUGGAUAAUUUAUGUGUGCCAAAAAUUUGAGGUGCAUCAUAGUGUGUUAAAUAGUUUGCUGUAUUGUUAUUCCUACUAGCUAACAGUCUAAUAAUGUGAUGAUGAACACAAUUUAAUCCAAGUCCUUUUGCUUUA